CGCCCAGUGCAGCAGGGAUCAGAGUCUCUCUGUGCAAUUCAUAUUUGAAGGCGAAACUUUAGCCUGUUCCGGUUCCCGAACGUUUGAAGACAUCUGGAACGUGGAGUUUUAAAUAAUCCCAUUGGAACGUAAAGCUACGCCGAAGUCGCGUCGUUCUGAGCGGUUUUCGACUCGAACUGAAACGCUUUUGGGGGAAGAAAAAAAACUCUGUGUUCUGCGUGGACGUUUGUUCCUGUCUCGCCCCAUUCCGCCUAAUCGCAGCAGAUGGAGGGUUGCUGAGAGCCGGGGAGUGAGAUCAGCAUCUUUUCACUCGUUGAGGCAGCAUCCGAACAGCUGCAGCUGCUCGCUCCCUCUCUCCAGAUCACUCUCUCCCGUACGCAGGAAAGAGCGAAACGGAACUCUAUUUUACAGCAAGGACCUUGCCUUAUUCGGUAGAUUCAACGAAUUUUAUGAUUUGCAACCUAGACUUAAAUUCUAUUUGCUCAUGGUUGUAACCUCGAUGAUGGUCUUGCUAUCGGCGCCAAGGGGAGAUGUAAACUGAUUCGUUGGAGGUGGGUUGUAGCCGUAGCAGCGCUGUGCUGACUGACAAAGCGACAGACCGACAGAGCGAGGAGAGGAGAGCAGAGGAGCUGUCCAUAGGCUGGUGGUGCUGAUGCGGCGGCUCUGAGAAAAGCAGAGAAACCGAGCAUGGCUGCAGGGAAGUUACUGCUCUACGCCGGCCUGUCCCUCUCUCUGUGCGCCCUAGGAAUGCUCGCAGUGGCGAUCUGUUCCGACCACUGGUACGAGACUGACGCGCGGAGGUAUCGGGAGCGCUGUCGGAGUUUCUCCAGCCGUAAGAACCCAGGCUUUAUCUACAUCCCCAACAACAGCCUCCCUCUGCGGGCUAGCCGCUCCAGACUGGACCGCUGGGAGGACAAGCUGCUCCUAGCCCGGAACAGAAGGCAGCUGUUCGCUAUGUCCGCCGCGGACGAGUGUAGCAGGCAGUACAACUCCACCAACAUGGGACUGUGGAGCAAAUGUCACCGACUGGGCUUCGACCAGGACACAGAAGACCUCAUUCGCAAAGGUUCCAUUGCCAGAUGUUCCUACAUCAAAUACCACUACUCUUCAGCAACGAUACCCAAGAACCUCUCGUAUAACAUCACGAAGACCAUACGACAGGAUGAGUGGCACUCUUUGCACCUGCGGCGGAUGACGGCAGGCUUCAUGGGCAUGGCUGUAGCCAUCAUUCUGUUUGGCUGGACGAUAGGUGUUCUGGGAUGCUGCUGGGAUAGAGGACUGAUGCAGUACGUGGCAGGAUUACUGUUCCUCAUGGGAGGCACCUUCUGUAUAAUCUCUCUCUGUACCUGCGUGGCGGGGAUCAACUUCGAGCUGUCCCGUUAUCCUCGCUAUCUGUACGGCCUGCCGGACGACAUCGGCCACGGCUACGGCUGGUCUAUGUUCUGCGCCUGGGGAGGUCUGGGGCUCACCCUCAUCGCUGGUUUCUUCUGUACCCUGGCUCCCUCCGUCCAGCCCAUCCCUCGAUCCACCUGCCCCAAGUCGAGGCAGGAGAACGGGACGGUCUGCUAGAGGGACUGGGAUGGAGGAUAGAGGGACUGGAGGUCCAGUUCCUAGAUAGAUAGCUGACUACACCUUUAACCACACAGGACAGCCGUAACAAAAGAGAAUUUAACAAACAAAAAUGUAACAAUGAGUUGACAAAUCCAUGCAUUCAAUUAAUUAAUCAUUUUCCACGUAAAGACAAUGUUUUGUUUUUUCUUUGUUUAAAGUGUGUGUGUGUGUGUGUGUGUGUGUGUGUGUGUGUGUGUAUAAACAUGAUCUGGUUUCUUGAAAAACAAUUGAUUUUUUUUUUUUAAACACACGAACUGACAGAAAAAUCCAAUCAUCGAUCUGAAGUUGUGCUGGGGGGGGGUUGUAGUCGGGGAUGUUGUGAUGGUUGAAAUGGAUGUACCAUGAAACGGCCUUCUCUACUGGGGGGAACGAGAGGAACCUUUCAGUAAUGAACGAUGACAGGCGAUGACAGACAACAAGGGAUGGGAGUUACAAGAACAACAGUCUGAACCUCAGAGGAACUAACUCAUCAUGGUGACCAGCCUCUACCCCUUCCACAACAAGGGAUGGGAGUGACAAGAACAACAGCCUGAACCUCAGAGGAACUAACUCAUCAUGGUGACCAGCCUCCACAACAAGGAGAAUAACUGAAACUCUGUUGUUGCUGAGGGGAGGACGGCUCAUCAUAAUGGCUUGAACGGCGCAAAUGGAACGGUAUCAAACACGUGGAAACCAUGGAAACCAAACCAUGGAAACCAAACCAUUCAAACAAAUGAUAACCAUGGAAACCAAACCAUUCAAACACAUGGAAACCAUGGAAACCAAACCAUUCAAACACAUGGAAACCAAGCCAUUCAAACACAUGGAGACCAUGGAAACCAAACCAUUCAAACACAUUGAAACCAUGGAAACCAAACCAUUCAAACACAUUGAAACCAUGGAAACCAAACCAUUCAAACACAUUGAAACCAUGGAAACCAAACCAUUCAAACACAUGGAGACCAUGUGUUUGAUACCAUUCCACCUAUUUCCUCUCAAGCCAUUUACCACGAGCCCGUCCUCCCCAAUUGAGGUGCCACCAACCUCCUGUGUCGAAGAGGGUUAAAUCAACACUAACUGAAAGGGGUCAAAGGUUGGAGUAUUAUAAACAGCACAUCCUGUUCUAAAGAGACACCUCAGCUUGUUGGAGACUUCUGAUUGGACUAGCUGUGUGUUCCUCAGAUCUACUCUGGGUCAUUGGACUAGCUGUGUGUUCCUCAGAUCUACUCUGGGUCAUUGGACUAGCUGUGUGUUCCUCAGAUCUACUCUGGGUCAUUGGGACUAGCUGUGUGUUCCUCAGAUCUACUCUGGGUCAUUGGGCUAGCUGUGUGUUCCUCAGAUCUACUCUGGGUCAUUGGGCUAGCUGUGUGUUCCUCAGAUCUACUCUGGGUCAUUGGACUAGCUGUGUGUUCCUCAGAUCUACUCUGGGUCAUUGGACUAGCUGUGUGUUCCUCAGAUCUACUCUGGGUCAUUGGACUAGCUGUGUGUUCCUCAGAUCUACUCUGGGUCAUUGGACUAGCUGUGUGUUCCUCAGAUCUACUCUGGGUCAUUGGACUAGCUGUGUGUUCCUCAGAUCUACUCUGGGUCAUUGGACUAGCUGUGUGUUCCUCAGAUCUACUCUGGGUCAUUGGACUAGCUGUGUGUUCCUCAGAUCUACUCUGGGUCAUUGGACUAGCUGUGUGUUCCUCAGAUCUACUCUGGGUCAUUGGACUAGCUGUGUGUUCCUCAGAUCUACUCUGGGUCAUUGGACUAGCUGUGUGUUCCUCAGAUCUACUCUGGGUCAUUGGACUAGCUGUGUGUUCCUCAGAUCUACUCUGGGUCAUUGGACUAGCUGUGUGUUCCUCAGAUCUACUCUGGGUCAUUGGACUAGCUGUGUGUUCCUCAGAUCUACUCUGGGUCAUUGGACUAGCUGUGUGUUCCUCAGAUCUACUCUGGGUCAUUGGACUAGCUGUGUGUUCCUCAGAUCUACUCUGGGUCAUUGGACUAGCUGUGUGUUCCUCAGAUCUACUCUGGGUCAUUGGACUAGCUGUGGGAGAAGAAUGGCACAUCACACGAUACAGGCUCUCUAGAGUAUCUCUACUGUUGUACAAAACUACCGAAUCAUCAUUCCAGAGAAAUUACAGCCAGGAAAUGCCAUGUUGGAGCAUUGUCAUGCCCACCGGGGGCAUACUAGUUUGCAUCCCAAAUGGCCCCCUUUUCCUUCUGGUCAACAGAAGUCAACAGUAGUGCAUUGGACAGGGAAUAGGAUGCCAAUGGAGACACAUACCUAUUUCUUCAAGCCCCGUCUAUCCUCAGUCAUCUAACAUUUUAUACAUUCAUUCACUCUCUUUGUAUCGUCCUGAAACCCAUCCUGAAUGAAGGAACUGUGUGUUGUACUGAAACCCAUCCUGAAUAAAGGGAACUGUGUGUUGUACUGAAACCCAUCCUGAAUGAAGGAACUGUGUGUAGUACUGAAACCCAUCCUGAAUGAGGGAAACUGUGUGUUGUACAGAAACCCAUCCUGAAUGAAGGGAACUGUGUGUUGUACUGAAACCCAUCCUGAAUGAAGGAACUGUGUGUUGUACUGAAACCCAUCCUGAAUGAAGGAAACUGUGUGUUGUACUGAAACCCAUCCUGAAUGAAGGGACUGUGUGUAGUACUGAAACCCAUCCUGAAUGAAGGAAACUGUGUGUUGUACUGAAACCCAUCCUGAAUGAAGGGACUGUGUGUAGUACUGAAACCCAUCCUGAAUGAAGGGACUGUGUGUAGUACUGAAACCCAUCCUGAAUGAAGGAACUGUGUGUAGUACUGAAACCCAUCCUGAAUGAAGGAACUGUGUGUAGUACUAAAACCCAUCCUGAAUGAAGGAACUGUGUGUAGUACUGAAACCCAUCCUGAAUGCAGGAAACUGUGUGUUGUACUUUAAACAAUAUUACCCCUGGUUCUGUCCUGUCAUCUGUUUGGGAGGUCAAUAUUACCCUGGUUCUGUUCUGUCAUCUGUUUAAACAAUAUUACCCCCGGUUCUGUCCUGUCAUCUGUUUGGGAGGACAAUAUUAUCCCCGGUUCUGUCCUGUCAUCUGUUUGGGAGGACAAUAUUACCCCCGGUUCUGUCCUGUCAUCUGUUUGGGAGGACAAUAUUACCCUGGUUCUGUCCUGUCAUCUGUUUGGGAGGUCAAUAUUACCCCUGGCUCUGUCUUGUCAUCUGUUUGGGAGGUCAAUAUUACCCUGGUUCUGUCCUGUCAUCUGUUUAAACAAUAUUACCCCUGGUUCUGUCCUGUCAUCUGUUUGGGAGGACAAUAUUACCCUGGUUCUGUCCUGUCAUCUGUUUGGGAGGUCAAUAUUACCCCUGGUUCUGUCCUGUCAUCUGUUUGGGAGGACAAUAUUACCCCUGGUUCUGUCCUGUCAUCUGUUUAAACAAUAUUACCCUGGUUCUGUCCUGUCAUCUGUUUGGGAGGACAAUAUUACCCCUGGUUCUGUCCUGUCAUCUGUUU